AUGGCGGACGAAAGUGGAAGUGAGCCCAUCAAGCGUGAUGUGCGCAACCACGUGCUCUUCGAGAUUGCGACCGAAGUGGCGAACCGAGUGGGUGGUAUCUAUUCGGUGCUCAAAUCAAAAGCACCGGUCACCACCGCCGAGUAUGGGGAGCGCUACACUUUGAUCGGCCCGCUGAACAAAUCGUCGGCGGCCGUCGAGGUCGAAGAAUUGACCCCCGCAUGCCCCGCCAUGCGCGAGACGAUCAAGUCGAUGCAGGAGCGAGGUGUGGAGAUCGUGUAUGGUCGAUGGCUGAUCGAGGGUGCCCCCCGUGUCCUGCUGAUCAACACUGGCACCGGCUACCGCUGGCUGGAUGAGUGGAAGGGUGAUCUGUGGAACACCUCCGGGAUCCCUUCUCCCUCGGCCGAUAAUGAGACUAACGAGGCCAUUGUGUUUGGUUACCUGGUAGCCUGGUUCUUGGGCGAGUACAUUGCUCACGAGCGCCGUCGCGCCGUGGUGGCCCAUUUCCAUGAAUGGCUCGCUGGUGUUGCCCUUCCCCUGACCAAGAAGCGACACAUGGAUUUGACCACCAUUUUCACCACUCACGCUACUCUGCUCGGUCGCUACCUCUGCGCCGGAUCCGUGGACUUUUACAACAACCUCCAGUUCUUUGACGUGGACGCCGAGGCAGGAAAGCGGGGUAUCUACCACCGCUACUGCAUUGAGCGCGCGGCUGCUCACAGCGCGGACGUCUUCACCACCGUCUCUCACAUUACCGCCUUUGAGAGUGAGCAUCUGCUGAAACGCAAGCCGGAUGGGGUCUUGCCCAACGGUCUCAACGUCAAGAAGUUCUCGGCCAUGCACGAGUUCCAGAAUCUGCACUCGCAGGCCAAGGAGAAGAUCAAUGACUUUGUCCGCGGACACUUCUACGGCCACAAUGACUUUGACUUGAACAACACCCUCUACCUCUUCACUGCUGGUCGGUAUGAGUUCCGCAAUAAGGGUGUCGACAUGUUCAUCGAGGGACUGGCGCGCCUGAACCACCGUCUCAAGGCGAGUGGCUCGACCACCACGGUCGUCGCGUUCAUCAUCAUGCCCGCACAGACCUCCUCUCUCACGGUCGAGUCCCUCAAGGGCCAGGCGGUGGUCAAGUCCCUGCGCGACACGAUCGAGAACAUUGAGAAGGGCAUCGGCAAGCGCAUGUAUGAGCGCUGCCUUGAAUGGAAGGAAGGUGACAACAUGCCGGACGAGAAGGACCUGAUCACCAGCCAGGAUCGGGUUCUCUUGCGCCGUCGCCUGUUCGCCAUGAAGCGUCACGGUCUUCCCCCCAUUGUCACGCACAACAUGGUCAAUGACUCCGAAGACCCCAUCCUGAACCAGCUACGCCGCGUGGAGCUGUUCAACAACUCGUCGGAUCGGGUCAAGAUUGUCUUCCAUCCCGAAUUCCUCAACUCCUCCAACCCAGUGCUUCCCCUGGACUACGACGACUUCGUCCGUGGUACCCACCUGGGUGUGUUCCCCUCCUACUACGAGCCCUGGGGUUACACUCCUGCCGAGUGCACCGUGAUGGGUGUUCCCAGUAUCACGACCAACUUGUCUGGAUUCGGGUGCUACAUGGAGGAGUUGAUCGAGAAUUCCUCCGAUUACGGCAUCUACAUCGUGGAUCGUCGCGCCAAGGGGGUCGACGACUCGGUGAACCAAUUGACCGAUUUCAUGUACCAAUUCACUCUGAAGAGCCGUCGGCAGCGCAUCAACCAGAGGAACCGUACCGAGCGUCUGAGUGACCUCCUGGACUGGAAGCGUAUGGGCUUGGAAUACGUCAAGGCUCGCCAGCUGGCCUUGCGACGAGCUUAUCCUUCCUCGUUCGAUGGUGCGGAAGACUACUUCGACAUGAUCGGUGGGACUGAUCAGAAGGUCUCGCGCCCCUUGUCGGUGCCAGGGUCCCCUCGGGAUCGAUCCGGGAUGAUGACCCCCGGUGACUUUGCCUCGCUGCAAGAAGGCCGUGAGGGACUGAGUACGGAGGACUACAUUGCGUGGAAGUUGCCUGAGGAGGAGGAGCCCGAUGACCACUUUUACCCGCUUACUCUGCGCCAGCGCAAGCCCAGUGAUCGACCUCAGUCUCCGCUGGACCGCAUCUCCGUCAAUGGAGGACGCGAAAGUCCCAAGGAGUAG